AGUCACAAGACUUCAGUCGCGUCGCGGCCUUCGGCAGCAGUUCACGAGCUGACACGCGAGCGGAGCGCGCGACGAUGGGGCUCGGCGCGAGAAACCCCGGAUCGGCUUGGACGUUCUGAAUCGCAUCGGAUCGAUCGAUAUGGACGGCUGAAUUUUCUGGACGGCGGGAAUCGCAACGCCCGAUUGACACCGCGGAUGCUCUUCUCUUGUUGUGACACCUCCAGACGUCAUCUCGAGCCCGCGGAUCUGUUGUUGGUAGUCUUAACUAACCCAAACUAACCCCUGCAGCGGAGUCCGGGGGUGAUGCUGUCCGUUCUCUCGUACGGUAGACUGGUGGCCCGAGCGGUCAUCGGCGGACUCUCUCAAACCGACAGCCGUGAUUACAGCCUGGUGUCCGCCAGCUUCGGCUUCGGCAAGGAUUUUCGGAAGGGGAUCUUGAAGAAAGGGAUGUGUUAUGGGGACGACGCGUGCUUCAUAGCCCGGCACAGAUCUGCUGAUGUGUUAGGUGUGGCUGAUGGAGUAGGCGGCUGGCGUGACUAUGGGGUUGAUCCCUCUCAGUUCUCUGGGACGCUCAUGAGGACGUGUGAGAGGCUGGUUAAAGAAGGACGAUUUGUGCCGAGCAACCCAGUGGGGAUCCUCACCACCAGCUAUUAUGAGCUACUUCAGAACAAAGUACCGCUAUUAGGAAGCAGUACAGCGUGUAUCGUGGUACUAGACAGGCAGAGUCACCGGCUACACACGGCAAACCUGGGAGACUCUGGCUUUCUGGUGGUUCGAGGUGGAGAGGUGGUCCACAGGUCUGAUGAACAGCAGCACUACUUCAACACCCCUUUCCAGCUCUCUAUCGCCCCACCUGAGGCAGAGGGCUCCGUCCUCAGUGACAGCCCCGAGGCUGCCGAUAGCUCAUCCUUCGAUGUCCAGUUGGGUGAUAUCAUACUCACAGCUACAGAUGGACUUUUUGACAACAUGCCAGACUAUAUGAUUUUACAAGAACUCAAAAAGCUCAAGAAUACCAACUAUGAAAGCAUCCAGCAAACAGCCAAGAGCAUUGCAGAACAGGCCCAUGUUCUAGCAUACGACCCCAAUUACAUGUCUCCAUUUGCACAGUUUGCCUGCGAUAAUGGCUUGAAUGUCAGAGGAGGAAAACCAGAUGACAUCACUGUUCUGCUGUCAAUUGUAGCAGAGUACACAGACUAAUGCUCACAAGGGCUGCAAAAUGCUUCUCUUGUUGUCUUCCUCAGUCACUGGACUGGCGGCUGUUUCCUGCUGGCAGGAUUGAGGGCUGUUUGAGUUUUCUGUUUCUGGCAGCCCACAUCUGUUCCUUGGAUUCUUCGGCCUUACUAGACCAUAUUUUAAAUGAUGUCGUCUUCGGGCUAAAGUCAAAGACAACCUUGAUACGGACUGUGAACAUGGAGUUGUGUUUGACAAGGGCUACAACUGGUGUUGAACACUUCUCCAGUAAGAAUCGCUAGCGUUUCUGUCGGCCAGUGAUGAAUUAGUUGGUGAUGAUAAGGUUGUGAGGCCAAAAAUGGAGAAGGAAUGAGCAAGAAAGGAAUAACAAUCUGAUUAGGGACAGGCAUCCCAAAAAAGAAAGUUCCUGUAUCAAGAAGAACAUGGGGGUGUCAUGCAGUAGGAGUGUUUGCAAAAGGCCAAUGAGACAUGUGCUCAAGUUACACGAGUCUUGAGAUGGCACGUUUUGCCUCUUUACUUUCCAUUUAAAAAGACACCCGAUCUGUAACCUCUGGAUAGCCAUUGACUGAAUGCCAGCUGAGAUGUGAAGUUGAUAGGCACGAAUGACUACUACAGACUUUUCACUAGCUAAUGAAGAGUUUGUAUUUUGGGAAGUAUAUUGGGAAUUCAUUCGAGGCAUAACUUUACAGUAAUAGAUCAUGAAGCUUAACAACAUCGAAAUACUGUCAAAGUUAACAAUCAACCAUAGAAAUGCCUUUCUUUUGAGAUAUUAAUUAGGGGAGGCAGAACAAGUUCUCAUUACUCAAAAUCAGAGUUGGAUGGGUGUUUUAAGUGAUUAAAAGUAGAGGGCAAAUUACAGUUUGCUUGGGAUGACGGAAACCUUUUCCUUUAAUAUUUAUUAAUUUAAAACAGUAUUACUCCAACUUUUUGAGUUUUUAACAUAAUUACAGCAGUACAACAGACUGCAAGGGAUUGUGGGAUGUGCCGAGAGGAAAAGCAGUCCCACUUAAACCACUUUUGAGAGGUUCACAUGCUUGUGGUGUGUGCGUGUGUGUGUAUGUGAGAGGAACGUUUACGAUGUGUAGAUAUUUGGACAACCGGCUGUAUAUUUAUGACAUGUAUGCAUUUGUAAAGUGUAGGCUAUUACACAACAGAUGUAUAUGAGAAUAUAUUUGAUAAUUGUGUGGAUUCUGUGUUAAAAUAUUUUUCUUGCUUUUUUUUUUUUUUUUUUGUAAAAUUUAAUUUUAAAAUAUCCCUCAAGGUGUUUACGCACAAAGCUAAUGCUAGCAUCUGUGAAUGCUUUCCGUGGGUAUGUCAUGGAUCAAAUGAUCUAAUAAAGUUAUAUUUUUAUAA